CAAGGCUCAUUUGACACUACAACAAUGGUGUCUGUAAAAUCAAAUACAAAAUUUUUCAAAGCUGUGAAAGAAGAAGGGUUCUCAGGACAGCAUUUAAGUAUGCCUGUGGGAGCAUUUGGUGGAAUUAAUGUCAACCAUAUGCCUCUGAACCAAAUUCCUUUCAGACUGACCCAGCACCCUCAUGUUCCGUUCACAAUCUCAGCCAGUGAGAGUGCCCUCUACCAUGAGUUCAAUACAAAGGAACGUGAAAGGAUGAAAAAGGAGAAGAUCGAAAAAGGGCUUCGUGAAACACAGAAAAGAGUUAAUAAUAAAGUUUUCCAACAGAAAGAAACCAAGGCUUAUAAGCUUGGCCUUUUAGAGAAGAAGAUUAGAGACAUUCUCAAGAAGGCAGUCAAAUUCUCACUCGAAACCAACAUGCUUGAAAGAUCCAGUCUUGAUAAUACUAGGAAAACUGAGUCAGAUAAGAAAAGUGAAGGAGUCAAAGACGAGAGUCAUAAAAUUUUCUAUUUCAAUAAUUCCACACCAGAGCCAGCAAGAGAUACAGACGUAGAUUUUUCAGAGCUCAAAGGAGCAUUGAAAGAUAGACAAAAGAAGGCACAAAUUGUCAAGAUUUUGGAUAAAAUUAUUGAGGAAAGAGAGAAAAGUGCUCCAAAAGAGGAAGUCAAGAGUAUUGCCACUCCUGAUUUUAACUACAAUAUGCUGCAGAGACAGGCAACUCUCUAUGGAAUCCCUCCAAGAGAUUUUGAAGCAUACAUUCCUCUGCUGACAGCUCUGCAUUUAGAGAAUUACGAUAGGAACGAGUUUGAUAAGUUCAAUAUGAUUGAGAGUCUCAAGGUUCUCAGAAAAUUCGGCCAAGACAAGCUUGAAAGAAUCCUGACAUAUGGACUUGUAAAUGAAGUUAUGAAAGUAGAAGAACGCAAAGCGAUCAGAAGACACAACAAAGAAAAGGAAGAAAUAGAGCGUGAAGAAAGAAGGAUCAAAGAGGCUCAAGAGAAAAUCCAAGCCAAAUUCCUAAGAUCAUUUAGUCCAUUUGUCAGAAUUGAAAACUGAGAUUCCCACGCUGAUAGGAAGGAGGAGACUAAGGAAGAGGAAUAUGAGCCUCCUCACGAUCAAUCAGGAGUUGAAGAGAACACUCAGAAUGAGACUAAUAAUCCUAUCAAGAAAUGGGAUUCUGCUACAAUCGGGAAGGGAAUCAAAAUGUCAACAACAAGCAAAUAAGGUCCAAUUUACUGAUCCAAAUGAGAAAGUAGAAAAACCUCCUGCUCAAGAGAGCAGAUAUGCUACUUUCAAACCCCUCGCAGCUACUCAAGAUAACUUUGAUGAUGAGGAGAUGCUAGAUAUUCCUCUUGAAGAUGCUCUAGCUAAAAUAGAGAAGUAUCAGGGCUAUAUUGACAAAAUAAACGAAUCUAAGAGAAAAGUCUACAGAGAUCCUAAUAUGACUGAAGUUUCUAAGAAACUGAGAUGAAAGCCAUAUAAUGCCAAAAUCAAGGGAUAUAGGAACGAGAUGAAGCCAUAUUUAAGAGUCAGGGCUAAACACCUUGGAAUCUUGGAUAAAAUCCCAAUGAACAGUGCUCUAUACCCAGUAGCUGUUAACUGCCAGUUUGCUAAAAGAUGCAAAGAGGCAACAGAUAAGAUUAUUGAAGAAGAAAGAGAUGAAGUCGAUAAAUUUUUACAAGAAUCAUAA